GUUUUGACGCGAUGCUUAAGUUUACCGGUCAAAAGCUACAGUUAUUGCAUGAUUACGACAUGUUGCUGAUGUUCGAAAAUGGUAUACGUGGUGGACUAGUGCAAGCGAGCAAACGGUAUGCGAAGGCGAAUAAUGUCAAGACCCCGGGAUACAACGAGACGAAGGAUAAAUCAUGGAUAAUUUAUCAGGACUGUAACAACUUGUAUGGAUGGGCAAUGUCUCAGUACAUGCCAUACGAUGGAUUCAAGUGGGUUGAACCUACAUUGAAUGGAUUAGAUGAUUUGAAUGACACCUCCCCAAUAGGACGUGUGUAUGAGGUGGACGUGACGUACCCACAACACCUACACAACGAGCAUAACGACCUGCCUUUCUUACCACAAAACAGUAUGCCAAGUGGUUCGAAGGUAAGGAAGUUGAUGGCAACGUUCGAAAAGAAGGAUAAUUAUAUUAUACACUAUCGAAACCUGCAGCAGGCGAUUGAAAAUGGACUUAUAGUUGAAAAGGUACAUAGAGUAAUACAAUUCAACCAGUCUGACUGGCUGGCUAAAUAUAUUGAGUUGAACACCGAGAUGAGGAAGAAGGCAAAGAAUGAUUUUGAGAAAGACUUUUUUAAAUUAAUGAAUAACGCUGUAUUUGGUAAAACAAUGCAAUCGAAGAGGAAGGAGAUGAAGAUGGAGUUGGUGUCAUGUGAAAGGAGAUUGCAAAAACUUAUAAACAAGUGUACGUUCAAACACUGUACAAAUUACAAUGAGAACCUUAAUGCUGUCGCCCUAGAGAAUAAGAUUAUUAGAUUUGACAAACCUAUUUAUAUUGGAUUUGCAGUGCUGGACAUAUCUAAGACAUUGAUGUAUGAUUAUCAUUAUAAUGUAAUGAAGAAAUUCUACAGAGACAAAAUUAAAUUAAUGUACACUGAUACAGAUUCACUAGUAUAUCAUAUUGAUACUGAAAAUUUUUAUGUGGACUUGGCGGUUAAUCGUAACUUGUUGGACCGGAUGGACACCGCCAACCUGCUCAAUGACCAUCCGUGCUAUGUGGCAGAAAGAAAGAAGUCUCCGGGGUACUUUUCUGAUGAGGUGGAUGGGAAUGUGAUUACCGAGUUCUGUGCGUUGAGGGCAAAGUCCUACGCUUUUAAUGUGUAUGCUGGAGCAGAGGACAGAGUUGGUGGUGAAAAGAUCAAGGCGAAGGGUAUCAGAGCUCAUGUUGUUAAGAACCACAUGACGAUGGAAGACCAUAGGAAGUGUUUGUUUGGUGAAGCUGGAGUGGAGGCAUACAAGGAGAAUGUAUCAAUACGGUCAUUCAACCACCAGCUAGUAACGAUAAAGACCAGGAAGCUGACCUAUAACAACUAUGAUGAUAAGAGGGUGGUGUUAGAAGAUAAAAUAAAUGCACUAGCCCAUGGACAUUACAGUAUAGAGGGAGAUGAACCAGAGGAUGAGUAGACAGAACUUCAACAUUACUUUUUAUAUAUUGUAUAUUUUUUUCUGUUAAUUAGUUUUAUUGUAAAUAUUAUACGUUAUAUAGUUUGUUAUAUUUGAGAUAGAUUAUUGUAUAUAACUUUUGUA